CAAGGAAUAGCGGCCUAAUGGCCCAAAUCCGGUCUCUCUCUCUCUCUCUCUCUCUCUCUCUCUCUGCCAUCUUCCUUUCCCGAAGGAGCCAUUGACGGAUGAAGUUCGAGGGUUCAAAAUUCUAACGCACUAGAGUCUCCCUCCCUCCCUUUUUCUCAGGGAAAGUGGAUAUGGGUGUGAAGAACUUGUGGGAUAUCUUGGAAUCAUGCAAGAAAACUCUCCCACUUCACCAUCUCCAGAACAAGAGGGUUUGCAUAGACCUCUCCUGCUGGAUGGUUCAACUUCAAAACGCAAGUAAAUCUCCCUUUUGUAUGAAGGAGAAGGUUUAUCUCAAAGGUCUGUUUCACCGUCUCAGAGCUCUCAUUGCUCUUAACUGCAGCCUUAUUUUCGUUACAGAUGGAUCAAUUCCUGCUAUUAAAUUAGCAACAUACAGACGCCGCUUAAAUUUAGGAAGUGAGCAGGUUACUCACAAAGAAAGAAACUUGCAGAAGGUGACCUCAUUACGAAGAAAUAUGGGAUCUGAGUUUUCAUGCAUGGUAAAGGAGGCAAAAGUUUUGGGCAUGGCACUUGGUAUUCCUUGCUUAGAUGGGAUUGAGGAAGCUGAAGCACAAUGCGCAUUAUUAAACUCAGAAUCAUUAUGUGAUGGAUGUUUCACUUUGGAUUCGGAUAUCUUCCUAUUUGGUGCAAGGACAGUGUAUAGAGAUAUCUGCCUUGGAGAUGGUGGCUAUGUCAUUUGCUAUGAAAUGGCAGAUGUAGAGAGGCAGCUUGGAUACGGAAGGAACUCAUUGAUAACCCUUGCCCUAUUGCUUGGCAGUGACUACUCUCAAGGCGUUUAUGGCCUGGGUCCUGAGUCAGCUUGCCAGAUUGUUAAAUCAGUUGGAGAUAAUGUGGUCCUCCAAAAAAUUGCAUCUGAAGGACUAUCCUUUGUUUUGAAGAAAAAAGGUUCAAAGAAACAGGGGACCCUUUCCAAGUGCAAUAACAAGGAGAAUUCACUGGACCAAGAGAUGAAUGUUAAUGGCAGUGAGUAUAAUUUACUGAGGGAUGAUCAACUCUUGCAAGUUAUCAAUGCAUAUUUGAAGCCCAAGUGCCACUCGGCAGAUUCUGAUGCUGUGCAUAGGACUCUUGCUCAAUAUCCUUUCCAACGUGCCAAACUUCAGCAGAUAUGUUCUCAGUUCUUUGAGUGGCCUGCUGAGAAAACAGAUGAGUAUAUCCUUCCAAAGAUCGCUGAAAGGAAUUUAAGGCGAUUUUGUAAUUUACGUUCAACUUCAUCAAAUUUAGGACUGAAGCUUCCGCUACACGAGAUACCAGUUAAAUGCCCAUUAUCUGCAGUUAUCAAGCACCGAAAGGUUCAAGGAAGAGAUUGUUAUGAGGUUUCAUGGGAGGAGGUAGAUGGACUUAAAACCUCUGUAGUGCCAGCAGAUCUUGUAGAGAGUGCUUGUCCUGAGAAGAUUGCAGAAUUUGAGGAGAAAAGAGCUCAGGGGAAGCAAGAAAAGCUUCGAAAAUCAAGGCCAAAGAAAUCAGAGAAGGGAUCUUCUUUGGCUGAAAUUGAUCUAAAACUCCAAAAACUGUUACGUGACAUUGAUAUGGAAAGCAGUGCUGCCGUUCAUGAUGCAUCCGCUUUGGUGGUGAUAUCAGGAAACCAAACUGCCGCAACAAAAGUUAAUCAGGAAAACCAACAUCCAUGGCUUGAUCCAAUGAGCAGUGCCAAGUGCAGUGAUGAUAUACCCUGGAGUGAAGUUGGUCCGAGUACCACUAAGAGUGAAGUGAUUGACCUCUUGAGCCCUUCUCCACUAAGACAACCCCGUGCUGUUUCCAAAUUCACCCAAUCAAAUGGUCAAGGUAUUGAUGUGAUUGAUUUGAGUGAGUCAGAAACUGAUGUGUCACCUGAACAUGAGACGAAGGCAAGAGAGUUGAGACUCUUCCUUGCCAGCAUUAAGGAUGACAUUUUCUGAACAGUCAUGAAGGUCAAUUUUUUUGUUUAAAGGAAUACGUCUAGUGUAGCUAGUUUGAAAUUUUCACCGAUUGAAUUAUGUUCAUCUAUCUCUUUAGUUGGCAACAGAUUUUGUGGUGUGUAGUAUAAUCAUAUUAAGAAUAUGUUCUUCAAGGAUAGUGUACGAGUUAUUAUAAGGCUCAGACGUAGGAUAUUUAGGUCCAAUUCAUUUUCUCACAAA